AUGGUAACAAAAAUAACACAAACUGUGGAGCAGGUUGCCGGGGAAAUUGUUUACCUAGUGAAAGAUAAGCCUGCAGUUGAGAGGGUGAAGGGGCAAUGGAGAGAGCAGGCUUCCUCAGUGCUGCAGGCUAAUCUUUCGCCUGAUAAUCACCCUGCUGCAACCUGCGCUAUCCCUUGUGCCUCGAGCGAUAAGCAGUACAGGGGUGAAGUCUCACUAAGCGUCUCUCCAGCGAACACGCCAACAACACGCCGUUUCUGCUAUCGCUGUUUCUGCUAUCGAGGACCACCAGAUGGAGAUGACGUGAGAUACAGCAUCACCAGCGGCAACAGGGAAGGUCUCUUCAGUAUAGAUCAGCAUUCGGGAGCCGUGGUUCUAGUUGCACCUCUCGACUAUGAGCUUAAUGAUAUGCAUGAGCUGGUGGUGCGGGCGGCGUCGGCUUCGGGCGAGCGGCCAGCAGGGGCGGCGGCGGCAGCAGGCGGAGCUCAGGUCGUGCUGCAGGUUCGCGUGGCGGACGUGAACGACAACCGACCUUACUUCGUGUCUCCGGGGCCAGUGGUGACCGUGAUCGAGGAGGACGACCGCGAUCUGCCGCAGACGCUGACCAGGGUAGAGGCUGCGGACGGCGACGGCCGUGCGGGCGGAGCAGGGCUGCGCUACUCUCUCGCAGGAGACGGUGUAGACGGCCUCACGCCCUCAGAGGCCUCUUUCGCUGUCGACGCCCAUACGGGAGAGCUCAUACAGCUGAAGGCUCUCGACCGCGACCCGCCCAACGGGAAGGGCAUCUGGAGGGUGAAGGUGCGGGUGCAAGAUGGCCAAAGGAUUUUCUCCCGAUCCAAAGGCAGACCCGAGCCCCCGCGACCCUCCCAGCGAGGUCCUAGAUUCAACCUGGAGGCGACGGGAGCCGAGGGAAGAGCCUGGCAGGGCAGCCCGAAGUCGCUUCGCUACCUCUUGGACGGGAAUGCAGAGGACUUCUCCAGGUACAGUGACAGCGGCAAACAGACCGGCAAGAGGCGAAGGCACUGGCUGUCUGGGAGCACGAGGUGGAGGGAAAUCAGGAAGAGGGAGGUCUCAGGAGCGAAGGAUGUAGGAGAGGAAGCGGUAACAGAGCCCAAAGAAAUACUUGUCUCCACGACGAGGUGGAAAGAAGCGCUUCGGGGAGGGAAUGCGGUCCCUGAUGAAUUUCGCUAUUAUUCUCAUCAAAAUAUUAACUUUGCGGGUUCUAAAAGGAAGAGAAAACGACAGACAGAAGAGUUAUCAGCUAAAGAUCCAUCACAAAAUGACGAUGGAAUUCACAGUGCUUCUAUCGAAGAGCAGAGUCGGCCGGAACACCAUAUAUCUCAGCGAGGGGACCCUUUGCCUCCACUCUCCCGUCUCCAGCCCACGCCGGAGGACUACCUGGCCACGUUUUACACUCCGGAGCAAAGACGCAAGGCCACUGAAGCCUCAGCGGAAGGGAAGGUGAUGAGCGAGGCUAGAGUCUUCUCUUCCACAGACUUACCUUGGCGGAGUCGAAGAACUCUCGAUGAGGUCUCGAGAGCCAUUCAAGAACAGACUACGGGACUGCCCGAAAAAGGAAUCCAGGCUCAUUACCUGCCCGCCGUAGCCUCCCGAAGUUCCAAGAAUCGAAGAGAACGUACGAGCACUGGUUCGAACGACCUAGAAGCCCCUGGAGAAGGCACUGGCGUCCCUCUUGUCUCGGACCCGCUCGCGCUCCCCCUCGAAAAGAGCAUCAGAGCGUCAAGAUCCGCCCGAGCCUCGAGUUUCCACUGGAACAAGCAUUACCUGAGCUACCUGGUGGACCAGCGCGACCUUUUGUCAGACGCCAGGAGGUGCAAGUUCGUGAGCAUCUUCGACAGGAACCGAAGUCACUACAACGUCACUGACCGGGACUUCCAGACUGCCGUAGGAGGGGACGACGUUGCAGGAGAAGAAGGCAGGUGGGAAGUGCGGGGACAAGUGCUCAGGCUGGAGGACACGCACUUCGCAGAGACAGAGGUCACGGUGCUCGUCAAGGACAUCAACGACAACGCUCCGGUGUUCCCCAACGCCACCAUGCACGGCGCGGUGCAGGAGAACGGACCCGCGGACCUCUCAGUAGCCGUGGUCUCGGCAUGGGACGCGGACGAUGCCAGCGAGGGCACCAACGCUCGUCUCAGUUACUCCAUCGAGAAGAAUGUUGUAGACGAGGGGUCGGGUGAAGCCAUAUUUGCCGUGGAGACCGAGACGGGUGUUAUUCGCACAGCACUUUGUUGUCUGGACCGAGAGACCACGCCGGAGUACACGAUUCAGGUUGUGGCCACAGACGGAGGCGGUCUCAAAGGAACAGGCACGGUGAUCGUCCGCGUGCUGGACCUCAACGACAACUCCCCCCUUCUGGCUCGCCGGCAAUGGGACCUUGAGGUGGACGAGACCUGGGGGACGUCGGCUCCGGACAACAGGACUCUCCUCGAACUCACGGCGACCGACAGAGACACGGCCAAUCUGAUGUAUUAUCGGGUGGUGGAGUCGAGUGGGUGGGGCUGGGACUACUUCGCCAUCCGGUCCGUGGGCGCCGCCGGACAGAUCUAUGCCCGCAGGACACUCGACUAUGAGGAUGAAACCCACAGGAGGGGAUUUAAAUUCAUGGUUCAAGUGACGGAUAUGGGUCGCGGUGGCUGGCAAGACCCCCGCCACGUGGACGCCGCCUGGAUCACGGUGGCGCUGAGGGACGUCAACGACAACGCGCCCGCCUUCACGCGGCCCAACGCCCACGUGACGGUGCGCGAGGACGCCCGGCCCGGCACGCUGCUGGCCGCCCUCCCCGCCCGCGAUCCUGACACGGGCCUGAACGGCAGGGUGGAGUACCGGGUGGUGCCAGCAGACGCGCGCGGAAAGGACGCCGUCGCCGUCAGCGACGAAGGCAUCGUGACGCUAUCGCGCCGCCUGAACCGCGAAGGCGGCGAUGGCGACGCCCUCGUUGCGCGGGUGAUCGCCUCUGACCUUGGAACGCCGCCGCUUUCCGCCACCGCCACGCUCGCCAUCGCCAUCAAGGAUGUGAACGAUUGCCCGCCCACCCUACUCCCGCCCACAACUUUCCACAUCAUGGAGAACUCGCCGCCCACGCUGCUGGGGCGGCUCCGCGCCACGGACCCCGACGCGUGGGCGCUGGGCCACGGGCCGCCCUUCGCCUUCACGCUCGACCGCUCCAACGCGCCCGAAGUCAGGCGGCAGAUCGCGCUCAAGUUCUCCUCCGAGCUGGACGGCGGCCGCGGCGGCGCGGAGGUGUGGACGGCCGGCCCGCUGGACCGCGAGGACCACCGCGAGCUGGAGGUGAAGGUGAGGGUGGAGGACGCGGGCGGCUUGGCGGCUACCCACGCUCUCAGGGUCGUCGUGGGCGACCUCAACGACAACCCCAUGCGGCCGGGAUCCAAAACGGUCUACCUGUGGAAAGUCCAGGGCGGUGGCGGGGAGGCGCCCCUCGGCCGCGUCUACGUCGACGACCCCGACGACUGGGACGUGGCGGACAAGAGCUUCCACUGGAUCGGCGCCCCGCACGCCCUCUUCGCGCUCGACCAAGACACGGGCGCCAUCUCCGCCUCCGCCCAGGUGGCUGAGGGAAGAUACGCCCUCCAGUUCGCCGUGAGUGACCACGUAUGGGGACAGCUGGGGGUCGUGGCCAAUGUGACAGUGCACGUGCGUAUGCUCGGGCCGGCUGUGCUCGCCCACGCCACACCUGUGACUCUCGCGCCCACGUCCCCGCCCGCGCUGACCAAAGGAUGGACACCGACUGGCGGAGGGGGCGGCCUCGGGAGGUUUUUGGGCGCAGUGCAGGAUGUGAUCGGGGACGCCCACACCGUCCACGUGGUCAGCGUUUACGGAUACCACGCCCACCUCCCCGAACCAACCUCGGACGCCCACGAUCCGCCGAGUGACCUGCCGCUGAAGGACGCGACUUGCGUGUGGGUGUGCGCGGGCGUGAGUGGGGGCGGCUUCAUGGAUCCCGUCAAGCUGCAAGGGCUGCUCGCUCUCCACUCACAGCAGCUGGAAGCGGCCACGCAGCUGAGGGUGCUGACACACAACUCGCUCAGUCACCAACUGGACGUCAGUGACCCUCAAGAAACCUUGCUUGACCUGGAUGUCUCCUCGGUGAACUCCCAGCCGUCACGAACUCUUCCACUUCAGCUCGUGGACACCAACACCACGUCCUUGGUGACGCCUCGCCUCACGAGCGCCAAGGACUGUCGCCCUUACGCCCAGACGCGCUCCAGCGACUCCUGCACGCCCACCUCCUGCCUCAACGGUGGGCGCUGCCACAGAACCUCCGUCGGCAACAGGUGCGUGUGCCCGGGAGGCGCCGUUGGACCCAGCUGCAAGAUUCUCGCCCGUACCUUCAGUGGGCGCGGGUGGGCGUGGCUGCGCCCCCUCGCGCCCUGCCUCCCCGCCACCCUUUCUCUCCGCGUCCUCACUCUGCAGUCGCGCGCGCUGCUGCUCUACUCCGGCCCCCUCACGCCUUCGUCUGCACACACGCCCGCGCCCAUGCUAGCCCUGCAGGUGGUGGGUGGGCGGCCGCAGUUCCUGUACGAGGGUCCGCUUGGGCGGGUCAAGGUCGAGGUGCAGUCGAGGGUGGACGACGGCGAGUGGCAUGCCCUCCACCUCCGCCUCCACGCUGAGGGCGUGACGCUGAUGCUGGACUUGUGUGGGCGCGGGUGGGAGGACAGCACCGCCCAGGAUGACUCUCACUGCGCGGCGCGGGCGUCGUGGUCCGUCGAAGGACCUCUCUCCACAUGGGCGCCCUCUGACCCCCUGCAGGUGGGUGGCAUGGCACAUGCGCCGCCUCGCCCGCACGCCCACGGUUGGAACGAAACGCCCAUCGACGAGCCUCUGAGGGGCUGUGUGUCGCACGUCGCCGCCAACGGGGAGCUGCAGGACCUGGGCGCCCCCGCCGAGAGCCGCGGCAGCGAGGGCGGCUGCCGGCCUCAGGAGCGCGCGUGCCGGGAGCAGGCGAGCGAGUGCGGCCUGCGAGGGGCGUGCACGGGCGGCCUCCGUCAGCCCGAGUGUGAGUGCCUGCCUGGGUGGGCGGGGCCGGGAUGCGCCACGCCCACUCCGCCCGUCGCCCUGGGUCCCUCCUCGUACGUCAAAGUAGCGCUCUCGUUCACGCCCUCGCCCUGGUCAGUGCGCGUGCAGCUGCGGGUGAAGACGCACGGCACCCGCGACGGCCUCCUGCUGCUCCUGGCCGCCCACCACCGCCACGCCGCCCUGACGCUGCAGCUGCGCGCGGGCGUGGUGUGCGCGUCGGUGUCCGGCGCGGGGUGGGCGGGGGCGGCGGCGGAGGCGUGCGUGGAGGGGCGUCCCCUUGGCGACGGCGAGUGGCACACCGUCAGCGCCGAACGCCACGCCCACAACCUGCUGGUGGGCGUGGACGACGGAGACGCCUGGAGAAGCAACGCCUCGCUGCUCACCCUAGAGGAGGAGAAGGAGGGCGGGCCCGGCCGGAGGAGACCGCCCGCGCUGGACGUGGACAAGCAGGAGGGCGUGGCGGUGGGCGGUCUGCCGGUCUUCGAGGAGGCGGGGCUCGUCAGCGUGCGCGCCGACCUGAGGGACGCAUGUGUGGCCGACAUCCGCGUGUGUGGCCGCCCCCUGCCGGUGCCGCCCGCGUCCAAUAGUAGCACGUGGGGCCAGGUGACGAUGGCUGAGGGCGUGCACGGGGACUGCGCUGCCGUCGACGCCUGCGCCAACACCACCUGCGCUGCGCCACUCACCUGCGCGACCACCUGGGGGAAGCCGACUUGUAGCUGCGGCCCGGGACAGCACCUCUCCGAACGUACGUGCGUCGACAUAGACGAGUGUACGUGGGGUCCGUGCUUACAUGGGGGCACCUGCUAUAACACACAGCCUGGCUUCACGUGCGAGUGUGCUCCUGCCUACACGGGUCAGCAUUGUCAGUGGGCUCUUGCUGACAGACCGACUGACGUUCUCGCGGCUCCUGCGGCCAUCGUGGGUCUCACGAUCUCUUGCCUCGUCCUAGGCCUGCGCUUGGAAGACUCUGACGAGGGCGACAUCAGGCCCCUCGUCCCCGAGUUCUUCGACGUCAUGGACCUCCUGAGGAACCUCCCGGAGGCCACCAGCACCUUAAAACACACGGUGGUGGAGAACGAGCUCAGUACCCUCUGCUGA